CAAACUCAUCAAUUCUUGCAAAGCAUCAUAUAUUUACUGUCCUAUCUUCUUCCUAAGUUAAAAUUAAGUAUUUUUUGAUACAAAACAAAAAUGGCAGCAAAGAAUGUGAGUUUGGCAUCAGUGGACCAAAAAUUAGCCAUGGCUAAACGUUGCUCUCAUGAAGGAGUAGUUGCAGGAGCAAAAGCAGCAGUUGUUGCAUCAGUUGCUACUGCCAUUCCAACUUUUGCUUGUGGGAAGAUGGUACCUUGGGCAAGAGCCAAUCUCAAUCCAACUGCUAAAGCUCUUAUUGUCUCCACUGCUGCUGGCAUGGCAUAUUUUAUUGUAGCUGACAAGACCAUUCUGAAAACAGCUAGGCAAAACUCCUUCAAACAGGGCUAAACUAUUUUAGCACUAAGUUUUAUCUAAUAUCAACAUUACUGUAAUCCCCUAGUUUAAGUACAAUUAUGGGAUUGAUAAGAGAUCAGUUUAGUAGAAACCUCUAUUGAUCCCUCGGGGAUAGAUCACAAAAAAAAUGUUUCUGUCUAUGUAGUCCCAACAUCAACAUCUAUUGUUGUGAAUAUAAUGAAGUUGGCUUUUCUCAAA